AUGAAGGAUAAGGAGAUUAAAAGAUUUAUCCUUCGCACGAGGUUUCUUACCUUCUUUGUGCUAAUCUUUACCUGGAAUUAUCCUUCCGAGUCACCUACCUUUGGUAAUCCUUUCAAUACGAGUUGUCACCAGAAAAAUGCGCCAACCAUACAUUCGGGCAGAAUACUAGUCGGAGACACCACCAUGGUGCAGUCAUCCCGGAUAUACCAAAACAGGAAGGAAAAACUAAUGGACGACCCACUUGAUAAGAGCAGCGACGAUUUGUUCAAGAAACGAUUAACGCAGCUGAUGCGGGACGAGAAGUUUAAGGAGCAAUAUGAACGCCUAUUCCGUGAUAACGAAUUUAUCCAGUUUCUAUCCGGCAUGGUCAACGAUCAUGAAAAAUGCAAAGACAUAGACGUGUCAAUUGGGUCGAAUUUUAUGAAUAAUGCCAGCUCCGACUGGGCAGAAGCUGUACGAAAAUUGUCCUGUUAUGAUAAGAAAGAUGCUUCGCGCAAGUUUAGUCACUCAAAUAGGGAUGAAUCCGCAAGAAGGUUUUCCAAACUAGACGAGUCUUCAAGCUUAAAGAACUUUGAUAAGGAUGGUCACCAUUAUGAUGACAAAUCAACGAAUUAUGACAGUUCCAUGGAAAGUCUCUUUCCCGAAAGGAGAGAUUUUCAUGGUGAUUAUGAGGAUACUAUAUCCACAGAUACUUACUCACAAAAAGGUGGAUACGCCGACACACAUUACUACAAUUCCGGCGGAGAUUUAUACCAUGUAAUGUACAAAAAUAAUGGACAUGGACAGACAAAGGCAAAGGCCAAAACAGGAGUACAUUUACCCAUGUUCGAUGAAUAUCCCACAGAAAAAAAUAAAUAUUAUAACAAUUCUAAAAAUGGUAGAAGAAUUAAUAGUGUAAAGCAGAAAAUAUACAGGAAUAUGCCUUUCAUACGCAAGUUUUUUAACAAAAUCGAUGCUAAGCUCGAAUCAGAAAUGAGACGUUAUUUGGACAUCAAGGAGGCGGAAAAACACAAUUAUUCCGUUAGAAAAUUAAAGGGGACAGAAAAAUUAUUUUAUUUUCUCAGCAAGUACAGAGGGUUUGCUCCUCUUGUUGUGGUUGGAAUGAUUUCCUCCAUACUUAUAGUGCUCAUAGUAAUGGAACAAUUCUCUGGCACAUUCACCUUAAAGUCCCUUUUUCCGGUCUUAAGUGCGUCAGUAGGACCAUUUGCCUAUGCAGUACUUGUUGUCAUAUCCUAUGCACUGCCCUUUAUACUCGUUUCUUUGGCCUUCUGUAUAUAUGAUCUUUUGGUAUUGUACUAUGCGCGUAAAUUAAACAAAAUAAAAUGCUUAAGGAAAAAUAUAAAAAAUUUAAUUGCCAUGAGGAAUAAGGAUGACGAAUGA